CAUACGCACUUAAGUUUCAGAGUCUCAGAAGAUAGAUGUUGAGAUGUAUUUAGUUGUCGGUAUCUUUGGGUGUUGGGAGAGUAUAUAUGUGUGUGUGUGAUGAUUGCCUCUUCACUCCAAGCCUGUCUUUUUACUACCUCCCACACUCCCCAAUUUCCAGUCAGCUGCCAUCCUCGUCUGCCUUCUUGUUCUUCUCCUCCUUCCCCUCCUUCUCGUCGUUGUCCCUCUCGUCCUUUUCCUCCUCGACGACCACCAUCAUACUGUCGUCUUCUGUGGCCUCCAGUGCAUUCCCCCUAAUACGCCUCUUCUCACUCUUACAGCUGCUACUUGCAGAGGAAUCAAGUUAUGUACAAGUGAGGGGGGAACAAGCUUUGGCAACUAGCUGUUGGAUCCAACAAUUACACAGGCACAUACGGCUCAGUUCAUGGCGAUGACCAAUCGGUUAUCCAUGAAUCCAUGAAGACCAAGGAAGUCAUUUGGUUUUGGUUUCCUCAUCCUAUCCCAACCUGACGAACGGUUCUCUCUGGAUCAGAUCCCAUCAACAUUCGUGGCUAGCAACUGUUGUGGGAUCCAUUCGAGCUUUGGAUUCCAUCACCCAUACGAAAUUCUUGGGAGGGAUUUCAUCUCAUCAACCUAAUCUUGUCCAGUGGAGUCUCGACGUCUUUCGUUGCCAUACCCCUCUUAAACGGCUGGGUGGGAGCUCCAUCCAUCCAUGCAUCCAUCCAGUUGUUGGCCCUGAAGUUCCUCUGGAUUGCUGGAGCAACAUUUCCUGGAUGUUGCAGGAAAUCUAUUGAGCAGCGGGUCGAUUUCUUUUGUCUCAAGUUCAAUGCGCACAGAAGCUGGCUGAGUUUGAAACUGGCUGGCCCGUGUGAUCAUGAAUUCCGCGCCAGGCGAUCAUGGUCUCACUCCACCACUUUGGCGACAUCGAUCCAUCGUUGAUGCCUGCCAUGGCGAAGAGGAUGUGGAAAACUAGCAUCGACGUUGCCAUGCUUGGCACAGGUGACUACUGAGUCAGUGGCCCAGAACUGCCCGUGGAGUGGUGCUUCUGAGUUGGAUUGAGGCAACAUUCCCCCUUUGCGGCGGUGCUGGAGGACAAGUUCAAGUUCAUAUGAGUGGUGUUGGUGGCGGUGGCUGUGGAUUCUCGUUCGACCUGUCGUCCAAGCAGCCAAAAGCAGCAAUGUGUUCGUUGUGUUGGGAUGUGAUGUCUGCACUCGACCUUGAAUUGGUUGAUGUGUUGAGAGUGCAAAGGGAUCAGUGAAAGGUUGGUUCGGCAAAUAGCCUGCAAGUUUGUUGGCCAACCAUCCUCCUCACCGCACGUCCUUCCUCAAGCAACUUGAAUUUGUGAAUUGCUAGAAGAAGACUUCGUCGGUCUGAUGCGCCAGCUCCUGUCUUCAUUCGGGCUUGGGGAGUGUUGGAGAAUCAACUUCGAAACUCGGUGUUACAAUACUUUGGUGGCGACAUAUGUCGUUGAUAAGUGAUUUGUCAUUGCUUCCGGAUAGUUCAUUAUCUGUCUGAGCCAAGGGACUUGCUGUUUUCGCUGUUUUCUUUCAAUCCAGUUAUCGACGAAACUCGAUAGAGAUAUUCGAUAGUUGUUCAUCGAAAUUUCAAACCAAUUUCCGACUGGACCAAUUCGUUCUCCCGGAUAUUCUGGUGUUGUGUAUGGCACCUCGGCUGUGAUCAAGACAAUCCCGUGAGACAUCGGAGGCGAAGGGCGACCUGAUGUCGGGUUCCCCGUCCCAUCUGCCGGCUGGAGGCGGAGCAGAUUCGGAACACUAUCAAUGGGCUUAUUCGAUUAUGGAUAGCUCAAGGGUCUCCACCUUCUUCAUUAGUAUUCUCCUAAUCGUCUACGGAUCUUUCCGGAGCCUAGCUCUGGAGGAGGAUAACAAUGAAAACGAGGAGAAACAAGACUCCAUGACCAAAGGCACUCAAUCCACUUCGGGCGUCCAAACCCUGGAUUCAGUUCAAGCCAUGUGUUUACCCUUGGGAGCAUCCAUCUCGUUACUUGUGAUGUUUUUCUUUUUCGAUUCCAUGCAGAUGCUUUUUGCUAGUUGCACAGCUGUGAUCGCCACAGUCGCACUGGCAUUUCUGCUUCUUCCCAUGUGCCAGUACCUCAUGAGACCAUGUGGCAAGUCAAAGAAGAUCUCCUUAGGGAUUUGUGGGCGCUUCACAUCCGCAGAAUUGCUCAGCUUUUCCAUUUCAAUGAUGGUUGUCUUCAUUUGGAUCAUGACAGGUCAUUGGCUUCUUAUGGAUGCCAUGGGCAUGGGACUGUGUGUUGCUUUCAUCGCCUUUGUCCGUUUACCAAGUCUGAAGGUAUCCACCUUGCUGUUGUCCGGAUUGCUACUGUACGAUGUUUUCUGGGUGUUCUUCUCCCAAUAUGUAUUCAGUGCAAACGUCAUGGUCAAGGUGGCGACCAGGCCGGCUGAUAACCCCAUGGGCGCAGUGGCUCGUCGUUUCCAUUUGGGUGGCCAGAUUGCCAAGCACGCUCCGCGUCUCUCUCUCCCCGGCAAACUCGUUUUCCCUUCCAAUCACAACGUUGGGCGCUUCUCAAUGCUCGGCCUUGGGGAUAUUGUUAUGCCUGGACUUCUACUCUGUUUUGUCAUGCGAUACGACGCUUAUAAAAGAGCUCAGGCUCAACGUAUGGCCGAUGCUGGAAUUCCGCUGCCCAGCAAUUGGCAUCGGAUCAGUUACUUCCAUUGCUCAUUAUUCGGAUAUUUUCUUGGUUUGCUCACCGCAACUAUCUCCAGUGAGAUCUUCAAAGCCGCCCAACCAGCCUUGCUCUACUUGGUACCUUUCACCCUGGCACCAUUAUUUGCAAUGGCUUACGUCAAGGGUGACCUUCGCACUAUGUGGCAUGAACCUUUCGCCAAAGUCCCGCCGCCCAAAUAUCUGGAGAUCUGACGCGUUAUCGGUUUUCUGUUAGCCCACCACAAAUGAAAUGUCAUCGAACUCAUCAUCAUAAAUGAGGAAUCUCCCAUUGUGGUUCUCAAGGGAUGGCCGUGCUCUUCCCCGAUUGGAACCGAUUCCCCCUUCAAGACAAGUCCAUUCAUACUAGUUCAUUCAAUGGGCAUUAAACGGUGUAUGUUGUUGCUACCCUCACGCUGCUCCUACCGUUCUAUUAUUGAACCACGAUGUUGGAUGCACAAGUGCACGAAUUUGUUCCCUUCCUAUAGUACUAAAGUGACAUACUCUACACAAGUUAAACGUAUGUCAGGUUGAGUCUCUCUCUUUCGUACAAGUGUUACUUCAAGAUGAAUGGCGAAACUAAUCUGUUUUGAUGUGCUUCUAUUGUUACUACAAUUAUCAUUAUGAUUAUUUCUGCUACACGUGCUACUAUCGCUGCUGCUUCAAACUUUUUGGGGAGUGCGUGUAACAGAACCCUUUAUACUUUCCGUCGCAAAAACCUUGAUUUGGUUUGUAGUACAUGUCCUCACUUCGCAAUCAUUUACGAAUCUUGAAGAAAAGUUCGUCAAUGAAAUGAUAUGUCCUUAUGAAAAACCCACGAAAUAAAAACACAAAAACCGUUACAGAGAAA